UUCCUCUCAUCUUUUCAACAACCUAGAAUUCUUCUCUUAAAACCCUUUUGCAAAGAAGCUAUAGAUCUUGGCUUCUUUUUCAUCUUCACCAUUUUGGAUCUAGGGUUAAAAGUUCCAACGAUUCCUAUUUUCCUCUUCCUCCCUUUUUCCUUCAUCUCUAUCGCAUCUUCCCCUUCUCUACGCACCAACACCUGAUCCAGCCACAUAACCAACUUCAUCAACGCCUAUUCUCACUAGUACCCUAUUAACAAUUCCUUUUUCCUCUUCCUUCUUUGUCCUCCAACACUCAAUUGUGUAUGUACCCACUGCCAUGAACGCCUGAUGUCGCUAGUAACCUGGAAUUGCUAUGAUCACCUCCCUCACCAAAGCCUCUUUUUUCUCAUGCGGCUCAAGCACUGCAAGUUGAUUUCCCUUUAUUUGAAAUUUCCCUUUUUGUAGCCUCGGUUUCCUCACGUGAUUCACAUUUAUUGGUUUCAUUUUGAGGAGGUUUAUCUGGAGGCCAGAAAACUAAAUUUUAUUACAUUAGAGUAUCAGCCAAGCGAGGUGGAAGAAAUUUUAAGGACAUCAAUUUGCAUUUGGAUUAAUGACUAUGGCUCUCUUUUGGUACUUUUUGUUCAAAGAUAAAAUUUUUAUCACACUCUGUAAUAUCCCCAAAUUUUUAGGGACUUAGUUGUGAGAGAUUUUUAUUAAUGAACUUAAUAGUAAAACUUUUCGAAGUCAAGGGGCUUAAAAGAAAAUAAUUUGGAUAAGGAUCGGCUGACCCUUUUUCUCUUUCUUUUCUUCCUUUCUCCUUUCCACGCGCGUCCUGCUCUUCCUCUUCCCCCGACCCUCUGCAACCCCGACAAGCCCCAGCUACCGCCACCCCUUUUUCCGGCCGGGAACACUUGUAAAACUUGGAGAAUUCUCCUCCUUUUCUUGUUCUAGGACAUCUAUUCAACCCAGAAUUUUUCCAGAUCUGCUCUCUUCCCUCUGCCGUGAGUUCCCUGCUGCUGCGUGCGAAUUUCUGGGCUUUUUCUGUUCUCUGCGAAUUUCUGCCCCUGCCAUACCCGCCGGAUCUGGUUUUGCUUGCUAGAAAUUCCGGUAAGAUGAUAGCUUCCAUAAGCUUGGAUUUUGUCAAUUGAUUGUUGCCUUGAAUCUUCGAAUUUCCUGCCUUGAAUUGCCCUUGUGCUGUUCGGAUUUUCUGCUGAAAAAGGGGAGAAUUCCGACAGCAAGUGAGAUGAUUUUUCUUGCUUAAUUCAUGUAGGAAUUUUGUUAAUUAGGAUGUUGUGAUGUUUUGGAGGGAAAAUCCCGUGUGUGAGUUGUGGUUUGCCAAACCAUGCUCUCCAUGUGUUGCCGUGAGUAAAUGGGAGAAUUUGAUGUGAAUUAUGCAAAUAUAUAAGUGCACAAUUGAUUUUGUGCUUGAUUUCGGAUAGAAAAAAAUGAAUAAAUAAAUAAAUAAGAAAAGAAAUAAAAUUUCCUUACGGGGUUAAUUGUCGAUAACAUUAGAAAGGAUUAAAUGGGUAGUUUUUAUAUGGUUAUUAAUUCUGGGCAUGAUUGGAAUGGAAAAGAGAAUUUCAUUGUUUUUGGAGUAGAGCAUGCUUAUUUGGAAUUGACUGAACUGCUUUGAUGAUUUGAGAAUUUUUUUGGAAAUUAUGAUUUUCUGUUAAAUCCAUGCAAAUCCAUGCCCACGUGGAAUUUUCUGGUUAUUUAUGAAAUGUGAGAUUGAUUGUGACUUCUGAGUUUUCUGUAAAUCUUGCAUGGUUUUGUCUCUAAUAUGGUCAUGUUUACUGUGCCCGCUAGUGGGAGGUUUAUAAACGCUAGCACAUGUUGACAUGUUUACUGAUAUGACCGGUCCAUUCUGUAAUCCUGCCAAUGGGAUAAUACAUUGGUUAUUACUGA